GAGAGAGAGAGAGAGAGAGAGAGAGAGAGAGAGAGAGAGAGAGAGAGAGAGAGAGAGCGGUACUGUACCCUUCUUGCCGAGAGAGAGAGAGAGAGAGAGAGAGAGAGAGAGAGAGAGAGAGAGAGAGAGAGAGAGAGAGAGAGAGUGAGUAGGUGUGAACGGAGAGUUUAUGAAGGAAAAGAGGAGGAGGAGGAGGAGGAGGGAACUUUUAAGAGGGGGAGGGGAAGAGGGGGGAAGAGCGAAUUAUCUAAUCUAAGUGAAUCAAGGCUAAUUCAGUUCUCUGUGAGCCCGGAAGCAUGUAAGCUCUCUCUCUCUCUCUCUCUCUCUCUCUCUCUCUCU